CGGCGUGCCUCGCGGCGGGCGCGUGCGGCCGGGCGCGGGGACCCGCGGGCGUGCGGGGCCGCUCCGCCCUGGGAAGCGGCUGCCCACCUCCUCCCGCUGAUUGCGUCGGCGGCGUCGGCGCUCGCGCAGGGGCGGGUCACGGCUCGGCGAGGCGCUGCGGGGCGGGAAGGAAGUCGUGGCGGCGGCGGCGGCGGCGGCGGGAGCAGCAGCAGCGGGAGCGGGAGCCGCGGCGCUGUCAGUUAGGCCGUCGGAGAAAUGGGCGAGCCUGGGUCGGAGGUGAUGGAAUCCGCCCCUGCGGCCGGGCCGGGGACCUCGGCGACGCCGACGGCGGAGGACGCCGAAGAUGACAUCCAGUUUGUGAGUGAGGGAACUUUAAGACCUGUACUUGAGUACACUGAUCUGGUCAGCAGUGAUGAAGAACCAAGCACCUCUCACAGUGAUAAUAUAGAUAACAUCGAUAUGGAAAUAGACGAUUCAUCUAAUGAAUCUAUAAAUGCAAGCCGGGAAAAAAAAUUAAGACCAGUAAUACUCUCAUCCUCUUCAGACAAGAAUCUUAUUAAUACAUCUGAUUGCGAGGAAGUUGAACCAUUAGAUAAUGACUCUUAUGAAUAUACCACGGAGGAAGAAUGUGUAGACUCUGAUUCAGGAGGUGAUCAUGAUGAAGAAUGGCAGCAAAUAGGAGGAAGAGGUACAGUGGUACAUGAAUAUUCACGAAAAGAGAAGUUUUUGGUAGAAAACAUUGAUAAAAAUGACCCUUUCUCAUUGUAUAAAUUAUUCUUGACAAAUGAUAUACUGCAAAUGAUCAUUGAAGAAACCAACAAAUAUGCUGUACAAUGCGAAAAUAAUUCUGCAUCUAAUAGCAAAAAACAACAGCAGUCGUGGAAGCCUGUUACAAUGGGAGAAAUGAACACUUUUUUUGGCAUAUUGCUUAUUAUGGGUGUAACACAAGUACCAGAAAUUAGGUUAUACUGGUCCACAAAGGAAAUGUAUAUGAACACACGCAUAAAAAAUGCCAUGAAGUGUGAACGUUUUUUGGCCAUUCUUAAGUAUUUACAUUUUUCUGACAAUACCACAGCUAGAACUGAAGAUCGGCUAAACAAAAUUCGGAGCAUUGUAGAAGCCAUUGUUGCUACAUUUCAAAAUGCCGUUGAACCUGGCGAAAACAUCGUAAUAGAUAAAAGUAUGGUUCCAUGGAAAGGGCUUCUGGGUUUUCGCCAAUACAUUCCAGGCAAGACACAUAAAUAUGGAAUAAAAUUAUAUAAGCUGUGUUUGCCUGGCGGCUACACCUACAAUCUUGAUAUUUAUUCUGGAAAUGAUGCAACAAUAAUGGAGAAAACACACGCGCGUGAUGUUGUGAUGAAGCUGAUGGGUGGCUUGUUGUUUGAGGAGCGUAUAGUGUUCACAGACAGCUAUUACACAAGUGUCCCUUUGGCUGAAGAACUUUUGCAGAAAAAAACAUAUAUUUGUGGUACAGUAAAAGUAAAUAAAAAGUUUUUACCACGAGAAGCAAAGCGAAAACAAAAACGGGGUGACAUUAUGAGUUUUGAAAAUCGUAGUGGGGUCAGAUUUUUAAAAUGGACUGAUAAAAGGCCGGUUAGUAUGCUAACUACUUCAAAGAAUCAUAUGUGCACCAUUAUUGAAGGGAAAAAUGGGAAGUUAAAGCCCGGUGCUGUUUUUUAUUAUAAUAUUGCGAAGAAAGGUGUUGACAUAUCAGAUCAAAUGGCAUCGUACUAUAAUUGUUUACGAAAAACCAUUAAAUGGUACAGGAAGGUUGUGAUACAGUUAAUAUGCGGGACUUUGCUCGUAAAUGCAUGGUACAUACAUAAAAGAUGGGGUAAUAAGCAGAUUAGUAUUUUAAAAUUUAGAGAAAGAAUUAUUGAUCAGCUCCUGAUCGAUAGUCACCAUACGGAAGAAAUGGCUACUGGAGAGAAAAUACCACGAAAAGAAGUUACCCAUUUUCUUGACUCAUACACUGAAUCUGCAAGAACAUCUCGAAAACGAUGUAGGGGAUGUUAUAAAACUUUAUCUGAAAGAGAAGGUAGAAAUGUUGCCCUGAAAAAAGCUAAGAGAGUAAAGACGUUUUGCCGCCUCUGUGAGGGUCAGCCAGCCCUGUGUUUGGAAUGUUUCAAAAGAUUGCAUGAAAACAAAUAAUUACUACAAACAAAAAUUGCCGCUUAAUAAUUAUGACUCAAAAUUAAGGCUUACUUUCCAUAAAUAUAACUUAAAAUUUAAGAGUCACUGGUAAGUAAAUUAACCCUGUGGCAGUUUUGUCCAUAUUUGGUGGUACAGUCAGUGAGUGGGGCAUGCAGUAUUAGCCUCCUGUGUUCAGCACCAGCAUCGGUGUGUUAGUGAUGGAAGCUGUAUGUUUAGAAACUGUAGUGCUUUAGAUAACGGCCUUUUUUUUUUCUCUUGGAAUUGGUUGUAACAGGUAGUUCAAGGAGUCCUUUGCCAAGAGCAUCUGUCUCUAUGAGUUUUGUUUUUCUAUUACUAAUGAGGAUGUGAAAUGAUGACAUAAGUUUCUUCUAAACCUUGAAGGUAGUGUCUGAUAAAUGGAAAAUGUAAUGAAAACUCAAGCUUUAUGUCUCCUUGUGACCUUCUCUUUUCCUGCCUACCUGUAGGUACUCUGUAGAAUUGGAGCUUUUCCUUCCAGAACCAUGUGACUAUAAAAAUAUGUCACAUGGUUUUGGACAUAUUUUGGAAGAUAAAGGAUACAUGGAGAAGUUUUAGGAAACAAUGCAGGGAAUGGCAUAUUGUUGAAAUAUUAGUUUAGUCAUUUUAACCCCUAUCCACCCCCUCCCGCCCCCAGUUUGGACUUAUUUCUCUUGACUGUGAUUUAUUGGUUGUGAGUGUGACCCUUAGGUGAAUAUUUCCAUUGAUCUCAAAACCACAAUAGGAGACUCCUUUGUGACAAUUAUGUCCUUUGUUUUAGCCCAAAUUUUUAUUAAUGGACUCUCGAUGGAUUGGAGAACUCUUGGCACUUUCUCAGGGUGCCAGGAAGCUUCUCUGUUCUGUCAUGUGGGGGAUUAAGACUUGACUGUGGAACCAAAGCACUUAGAAUCUAGUCUUGGCAUAACUCCUUACCAAUCUUGUGGCUUUGGAUCAAUUAAGUAGGCACUUACCUCACGGGUUGUUGUGAGGAUGAAAUCAGGUAUGUGUGAGUUUUGUAAAAACUACAGACCAUAAAGUAGGAUUGUAUAGAACUGAAAUUUUUGUUAUUGCUGAAGCGUGAAUUAGGAGUUUGUUUUGUUUUGUUUUUUUUCCCCCAUUGCAGUGGAAUAUUUUCGAGUUCCUGCUGCUGUUAUUAGCUUCCACUUUUAUUUAUUUUUUUAAAGUUGGGUCUAUCCCAGUGGUUCUCAGGAUUUACUCAUCUCUGUGGUCAGGGAUUAUUCCUGAAGGUGCUUAGAAGACCAUGUACAGUGUCAGAAAUUGAACCGGGCUGGUUGUGUGCAUCAUAAGCCAUCUACCCCCUCUACUAUCUCUUUGGUCCCAGCUUCAGUUUUUUGAAUUGUGUCUGUUGAAUGAAAAUAAAAAUAUUUUUAACACCAGUA